AUGAAUUAAAAAUAUAAAAUCAGAAUUAAAAUGUAAAAUUGGUAAGAACAGUUUACAGAUAAUAUGAAUAAUCAGUAUUAAAACAAAAGAUUAUUUGGAAUGUUAAUAGAUGUAUCUGGGUCUAUGAGAGAAAGUUAUGAGUAAAUAGGCGGAGAAAAUAUAUAAUAGAAUUAAAUAGAUAAAACAAGACUGGAAUCUGUGUGGAAUUUGGUUUUUACAUCAAUCUAAGAUGAAAAAUUAUAAAAUGAUUAUCUAUUUGCUGGUGCAUUUGGAUGCAAAGAUGAAAAAUAAGAUGUUGUUGAUUUUACCCCAAUUUUAAAGUCGUUAUUGGAAAAGAUAUCAUAAAAUGAUAAUCAAGACUGGUAUCAACUACUUUAUUCUCUAGUAGAAACAGAGGCAAAAAAUUUGUAAACAUAUUACACAAUAAAGAAUCUAAGAAAAGAUAUGCCAGAGUUUUUAGUAUUCUUAAUCUACGUAUAAUUUAAAAAUAAUAACUAUUAAUUCAAGCGAUUUAUAUCAAAUUUGCCAGCAUAAGUGAAAUAACAAUCACAAUCUUUUCACGAUUUAUUUAUCAAAAGUAGUUCGAUGUUGUCUGAUAAAUUAUUUAAUUAUGAUUUUGUGAAUUAAAAUAUUUAAACUCAGCUCAAAGAAUUAAAACAAUAACUUAUUGGUGAAAAAAUUUCUAUAUUGAGUAUUAGAAAGAUUACAAGACCUUUAAAAAAUAAACUAAUUAGAAAUGAAGUUGAAGCUUAAACAUAAAUGCUUGAGGAAUUUAAAUAAAUCUCUUAUGGUAGAACUCCUAUGAAAAAAUGUUUAAAAUUAACAUUAAAUAAUGAUUAUGAAAUGUUUAAAGAUAAAUUUUUGUUUAUCAUUUCUGAUGGAGAAUCCACUGAUGGAGAUCCAACAGAAUAUGCAUAGUAAUUAAAAAAUAAAGGAUUUAUGAUAGUUUGUUUUUACAUUUCUACUUCUCGUAAAAUUGAUGAUACUUAAAUGUAUCAUAACGCUUAAUCCUAAUGGGAAGAAGGAGCAAAAAUAAUGUUUGAGAUGAGUUCAGUAGUUUCUAACUUUGACUAUCCUUUGUGUUCUAUUGGACAACACACAAAUAUUAAAUUAUCAUAAAUUGGAAAAAGUAGGUUAUUUUUAUAAGGUAAUGAUCCAAAUCUAAUGAAUAAAUUUUUUAAUUAUUUCAUCAAAAUAAAGAAUGAAUAAGAUGCUUUGAUUAAUUUAAUAGGUAAAGUAAAUAUAGAAUAAUACAUCAAUAGUAGCAAUUAAUUUGAAGCUUAAGAAUAAGAAGGAGGAACAUGUUAUGCUAAUGCAAUAGCAGCUGUUUAUGAACUAAUUAUGUAGAAAAUAUAUAAAAGAGAGGGAGGUUAUCCAACCUUUGAAAAAAUACGAUAAGAUUUAAUUUAGUAAUAUGGAACAGAAGGCGGCAAUACAUUUAAAAUUGUUACAAAAACUUGUUCAAGCUUUAGAUUAUAAUGUAGAGAAUUAAAAUCUAUAAGUGAUAUUAAAUAAUGUUUACAUUAAGAAAGACCAUUAUUGGCAAGAUUUUAUUUAUGUGAUGAUUAAUGGGAUAGUAAAGAUCCUAAUCGGUUGGGUUUUAAACCAUUUUUUGCAAAUAAUCCAAAAGGAAUUUUAAAAAAUCUUCCAAAAGAUCAAAUAAGGAUGUUGGAGGACAUGCAGUUGUAUUACAUAAGUACACUUCAGAGUAUUAUUCAUUUAUCAACUCUUGGGGAACUGACUGGGGAGAUUAAGGAUUCUUUAAAGUAAAAGACCUUGAGGUGCUUUGUGAUAUGUAAUUCAUGGAAGUGUUUUGGACUAAUAAUAAUUUAACCAAAAAAGAAAUAUAAUCAUUUAAACAAGAUGCAGGUUAAAAAAUUACAGAUUUUUACUAAGAUGCCUUUAGUAUUAUUGGAAAUAAAAUUUACACAUGUCCUAAAUGUUUAAAACCAUCUUUCAUUAAUGAAUAUGAAGGAAAUUAUUAUAAAGCUAAGUGUCCUAGAUGUAAAUUAAGCUUCCAUCCAUAAUCUUUGGGCCAGUUAUUUGUUAAUUACUUAUAUGGAAAAGAUCUAUGA